AUGAAUGAGCAGUCCGCUAAAAUUCCUCUUUUCAUUUCUCUUAUCUAUCUAUCUAUCUAUCUAUCUAUCUAUCUAUCUAUCUAUCUAUCUAUCCUUCCUUUUUUAUCCUUUAUCUCCCUUAUUUUGUUAUUUUUUUCAUCAGUAAUAUCUUUUUAUUUAUUUCUCUUCUUUUUGCCUUGCACUCUCUCUCCACAUAUGCGUACACGUUUUUCAUUUUCUCUAUCAAAUAUAUACUUACUUUCUUCCUUUCAUUCAAUUGCUUAUUUACCUCCUUUUUUUCUUUCUUUCUUCUUAUCUUUUGCUCCUCAUUUUCAUUUCUUUCCUAUUUCUCUUUCCUUUUCUUUUCACUCCUCCCCUUUCUUUUUCUUCCCCCUUCUUAUCUUUACUCCUCAUCUUUCUUAUUUUCUUUCCCACUCAUCAUUUUCUUACCUCUCUUCCCCUUCUUUAUUAUUUUUUCUCCUCCUUUUCCUUCUUCUUUCCUCUCCCUGUUUCUUCUUUUAUCUCCUCCUCUCUUUCUUCUUUACUACUUUUUACUUUCCACCUUCAUUCAGUUCUCCUUUUCUUUCACCCUUUUUUUUCUUUUCUUUCCUCCUCAUCUUUCACAUUAGCUCCUCCCUAUUUCGUUUUCAUAAGCUUUGCACCCACCCACAUUCAAUUAACACACUUUCCAAAAACUCUCCAGACCCCACCAAUGUCCUUUUAGCAGUGCACCAUCACCAUCACUAUCACCAUGAGUGUUACAUUUUUCUUUUCUUUUCUAUUCUUUCUUUCUAUUCUUUCUUUCUAUCUAUCUAUCUAUCUAUCUAUCUAUCUAUCUAUCUAUCUAUCUAUCUAUCUAUCUAUCUAUCUAAAUCUGUUUGUCUAUCCUCUUCAUUAUUUAUUUCUCUUCUUCAUUAUCUAUCUAUCUAUUAUAUGUUUAAAUGGUACCCCAAAAUGGAAAUUACUUAUGACUCAACCCAUUUAACUCUUAUCUAUCUAUCUAUCUAUCUAUCUAUCUAUCUAUCUAUCUAUCUAUCUAUCUAUCUAUCUUCUUCAUUAUCUAUUAUUGAGUCAUAA